CAAGAGAUGUGACGGAAGCGAUCGAUUUGGAGAGGGGAGAAUGUCGGGUUUGCGUUCACUAUACCUCCGCUUUAUCCCGAGGGGGAGUCCAGGUCUUUGCACGGACACACAACAGCGUUACCGCCGUGGACCGCUGGUCGGCAGAGGGACAUUCGCGUGCCCGAAGACGCGAACUCGGCUCAGCCUCGCCCAGUCCCGAGGCUUCUUCGGCCGUUUUCACUCCAGCGAGUUAUAAGGGGCUUUGGCCAGAUAUAAACCAAAAACCGCGGAGUCUCCUGUGACAAAACCUACACUCACUCAGUGUCUAACGGCCCAAGGCAACAAGACUCUCACACUUGAUCAAGGCCACGAUGCCCAUGAUCUACCGUCGUAACCGGGGCCUCUCGCCCACGCGGGAGCUGGCCGACGUCACGCGGGGCGUGAAGCCCAUGGGGUUCGACACAGACGCGUCCUUUUUGGGCCGUACAAGACGCUGGUGGAGAGGCCGCAGCGUGCUCUUAGCGUCUCAACGAGUGUACCAGACCAUGUGGCUCGCUGUGCUCGUCUACGCAUUUCUCGGUCUUCCGGUAUUAGGCCGCGUCCUAAAUUUCGCCCGCUUUGUGCAUCGCUUCCCAGCGCCCAAGAUAUUACAAGGACUCAUCGUGGGGAUGAUGCAGGACGUGGCAAUUUUCCUGCAGGCGUCCACAUGUAUCUGUCUCGUCAAGGUUUUAUUCGACUCGGACAAUUUCACGCCGCAGGGUCUUGUAGCUGCCAACAACGCACGGAGUUUCCCUAAUAGCGGAUUCUUGAGGGAACGAAGCAGCAGCGCCAGAUUUUUACCCGUUUAUAUGCCGGUAUUAGCCAACGAGUACGACCUCAGAGAUGAAGGCAUGGAAGCGCUGGCUUCUGGUGUCGCGACGAACCACCGAACGUUGCUGAGUUUAGGAGCUGCAGCCAACCGACCGGCGCUUGUGGCAAGAGCCAAGAGAGCGCUGCACUCGCUCGUGAUUUUAUCGUUAUUGCAGCUGAUUCUCGUGGCGGCAACAAUUGCCAGUGUGGCGGAUUUUUGCCUGCAGGUGACGAUGCACCCGCGACUGAACCGAGCGUUUGUCAAUAUCUUUUUCAACUACAUGAAGCAGUUCACGGCGUCGUUGACGGACGAGGAAGUGAUGACGAGGACGGUGGUGGGCUCUUGGGCUGUAUAUUUCGCGCUUGUGGCGGCUUUGACGUAUGGAUUUUACACUGGUCGAUUGCCACUAGCGUCGGACUUUCUGCGACUACCGAGUGCGCUUUGCUGCUGCUUUGAUCGUCGCUAUAGCGUACGGAAGGACUCGAUGAACUCGUCAGCAACGACGACAUCUGGAUCGUACGUAAGCAACUUGUUUGCGUCCUACUGGCAUCGAGCAGGGAAGCCCAUUCGCACAAGGAGACGCAGUAGUCAGGGGUAUAGCCACUUGCCAGGUGGAGGCGCUAGUGGAUGCGCUAGUGGAUACGCUGCAGCGAUUGCGUCGGGCUCGUCGUUGUGCUCUACAGGUUAUGGCUCGUACACCAAGUCGGGGCCGCUGACAAUACUGGGGCGAUGUAUUGUUGCUAGUCUGUUGAUGACUGGUGCUGCGCUGUCAGCUUCACUGCUAAUUGACGGUAAAGGUGGCGUGGAUAUGAAGCUCAUGAACAACGCCAUGUUUACGCUACAAGCAGAGCAAUUCUUCUACCACCCAACGAAAAUUCAUCGCGAAGAGAUCAACUGUACUGCUGCUAGUAGUGCAUUACGGUCGACUUUAGGAGUGUCAGAGAAGUACGAACUGGACAAUCUUGGCAACGAUGACCACUGCGCCUUAUUGUGGCGGAAAACUACGGGAUACGAAGGCGAGAAUAUUUUCGAUCUGGAUCUAAAUACCACAAGUAAAGCUACGGUGGCAGUUGAAAAUGCUACGGCCAAUGCCAGCGCUGGAUCAGCAGAGAAACCGAGCAAGGUCCAGCCGAACAUCAUUGUGAUUAACAUGGAAUCUUGGAGACAUCUGGACGUCGGUGUACUGGGUGGAGCUGCCAAGAAGGAGACGACCGGAAAGAGCGCCACCCCUCAGUUCGACGAGCUGGCCAAGACUGGUGUACUCUACAGCAAGCACUACACUCAGUGCGUUCAAACCACACGUACGUUGUUGACGACCCUGUUUGGUAUGCUACCAUCCUGUACAGAGACGACUGCACUGAAGCAGUACAGCACCACCCUGAAUGUGCGUGGUUUGCCUCAAUUUCUCAAGCAGCGAGGCUAUUUCAACCUCUUUUGGAGUGCAGUGGACCUCACGUGGGAGUACUGGGACAAGUUCCUGCUCAAGAACGGCUUCGACAAGCUCGUGGAUGACCGCAAGAUCCGCAAGAUGCUACACGAAACACGUAACUACAAGAACACGCCGGAUGAUCACUUUUCCUGGGGAAUGCACGACCACUUGUCCUUCGAGAUGCUGCUGUAUGCCAUCGAGUCGGCCCACAACGCUAGUGUAAACUCGACUGAUGCAUCAGCCGUGGCAAAUGCGUCUUCUCUAGCUUCCAGCGCUAACAGUACGUUGCCUGAGACGUCCACCAACAUGACUGAAGAUGCUGUGCAAGUUCCGGAGGCGGCGGCAAAGGGAAGGCACUACCGCGCUACUCACUCCAGUGCCAAUGAGGCGUCCAGCGCGACGUCGUCGACCAAGGAUCCGUCCACAACGAAGGCUGCCAAGCCUCCUCUCCCUGGCUGGGAAGGACUGCAGACGCCGUACUUUAUCGACAUGUACAGUAUCACGAGCCACAAUCCGUGGGCGCUGCCGAAUUUCUACGACGUGCCAGACCUCUCCGGCUUGUACACGCGGUACAACAAGAAGUAUCUGGACUCGAUGUACUUUUCGGAUGAAAUGCUUGGCGAUUUUAUCGCUGCGUUGCGUGCCAAGGGGUUGAUGAAGAACACGAUCGUCAUCAUUGAAGGAGACCACGGCUACGGCCGUCUGGAGCACGACAACAACCCGUCCAUUGCAGACUCGGGGGUGUGGGAUGAGGCGUCCAGAGUGCCGUUCCUUCUGCUGGCCGACGAUUUUCUUCGAGACGAGGACAAGGGCACAGUGGUGAACCAGUUGACCAUGCAGUCGGACCUCAUGGCUACAAUAGCAGACAUCCUGGGCGUCACGUCAGAGGAGCCCCUGUACCAACAUGGCUACGGCCACUCGAUGAAGCGCCGUCGUGUCCAGCCAGAGGCUCAAAAACAAGCACAGGCAUUGGCAGCUAAGACAGUCAAGGACAAGGAUGCAGAAGUAAAGGACUCGGAGGCAGAAGCUCUGGCAGCUGAAGCUCGGGAAAGCCCUGAGGAGCGACGCGUCGUCAUGUGCAACCCGUUCAACGGCAUGAGCAAGGGCGUUCGCACCGAGGAGCUCAAGUAUAUCUUCCAUCCUGACGGCUCCUACAACGUGUUCGAGCCUGCGAUUGACCCAGCAGAGAAGAAGCCACUGCGAACAGGAUUCGACGUGGAGGAGAUGGACGACGCCACGCGCGACGUGUUCGAGUACGUGACGAAGGCGGUGGAUCUGAAUCAAUUCCUCUUCGAAGCCAACCGGUUCAUGACGCCUCUGCCAGCGCCCGUAUCGUCCGUCUCGGAAGAGAUAGAAGGAAAAUACAACCGCAUCAGGAGAUCUCACGCGCAGAACGUGACGAUGGAGAAUCACGUCUCGGACGAGCAGAUCGAGCCGAAACAGCCACGAGGCCCACCUGCACCCGUGAACGUGCUAGAUUAGACACUACCAGACCUUGACAUUGGCAAAGAAAUCUGGACGACAUAGUAGUUUUUUUAUUAGGAAUAAACACACCGCUCACAUACCUAAAGCUGAAGUUGUCAGGUUAUCCUUCUGGAUACUCUUUG